GAGGCCGAGCGUGCGCGCGCGCCCCCGCUCGCGGCCCGGCUCUGUCUCGGGAGCGUGCUCUGUGUGGCCGCCGCCGCCAUGUUGUUGUGGUUGUGAGAAGGCGGCGGCAGCGGCGGUGGCAGAGGAGCAGCCGGUCGAGACGCUCUAGCGGCCCAGGCCCUGCCCCCCGCCGGCCCUGGCUGGGAGCCUUGUGGGGUGGCGGAGGAGGCCGUACCGUGACGGGCCUCGCCAUGUCCUGCCGCCCGGCUCUGGACGUGCAGGUUCAGCGGCCAUGGCUCACGGGCCCAGCCGCUCCGCGGCACGUGGGAUCUUCCCGGACCAGGGCACGAACCCGUGUCCCCUGCACCGGCAGGCGGACUCUCAACCACUGCGCCACCAGGGAAGCCCUACUUUAUUAUUUUAAAGAAUAAGAUUAAAGUUGAAGAGCAAUCAAGGUAAUAAAGAUUUUCUUGUGAAACGUUCCAGUAGAAAAAGUUCUUGGGACAAACUUCAUUUGAUCCAGGCAUAAAGGAAAGAAAAGCCUUGCCAAGAUACGGAAGAAAGGACGGGGAUCUCUCCUCCUAAUCUGGGCCUCCUGUCAUGGAUGAAGAGACUCGGCACAGCCUUGAGUGCAUCCAGGCCAAUCAGAUCUUUCCCAGGAAGCAGCUGAUCCGGGAGGAUGAGAAUCUUCAGGUUCCUUUCCUUGAACUUCAUGGAGAAAGCACAGAGUAUGUGGGCCGUGCUGAGGAUGCCAUCAUUGCCCUUUCUAAUUACAGACUUCACAUCAAGUUCAAGGAGUCUCUGGUUAACACCGCCUCUCAAUCUGCUGCUUCUGCAAUCCCAGUUCCAUUACAGCUUAUAGAAAGUGUUGAAUGCCGAGAUAUAUUUCAGCUUCAUUUGACUUGCAAAGACUGCAAAAUUAUCAGGUGUCAGUUCUCAACCUUUGAGCAGUGUCAAGAGUGGCUGAAAAGACUGAACAAUGCAGUCCGACCACCUGCUAAAAUAGAAGAUCUCUUCUCAUUUGCAUACCAUGCUUGGUGCAUGGAGGUCUACGCCAGUGAAAAAGAGCAACAUGGAGACCUGUGCAGGCCAGGGGAGCACGUAACAUCAAGGUUUAAAAACGAAGUGGAGCGGAUGGGUUUUGAUAUGAACAACGCCUGGAGGAUUUCCAACAUCAAUGAGAAGUACAAGCUGUGUGGUAGCUAUCCACAAGAGCUCAUAGUGCCUGCUUGGAUCACUGACAAAGAACUAGAAAGUGUCGCAAGCUUCAGGUCCUGGAAGCGCAUCCCCGCCGUUGUCUACAGGCACCAGAGCAAUGGAGCUGUCAUUGCCCGCUGUGGACAGCCGGAGGUCAGCUGGUGGGGCUGGCGAAAUGCUGAUGAUGAGCACCUGGUGCAGUCAGUAGCCAAAGCUUGUGCCUCCGACUCCCGAUCCAGUGGCAGCAAGCUGUCAACUAGGAACAGUCCCCGAGACUUCCCCAAUGCAGGAGACCUUUCUGAUGUGGAGUUUGAUUCUUCUCUGUCAAAUGCUUCAGGAGCAGAGAGUUUAGCUGUCCAACCACAGAAGCUUUUGAUCUUGGAUGCACGCUCCUAUGCAGCAGCUGUGGCGAACCGAGCCAAAGGAGGAGGCUGUGAAUGCCCAGAGUAUUACCCGAACUGUGAAGUUGUUUUUAUGGGGAUGGCAAAUAUUCAUUCAAUUCGGAGGAGUUUUCAGUCUCUGCGAUUGCUGUGCACACAGAUGCCAGAUCCGGGAAAUUGGCUCUCAGCUCUUGAAAGUACAAAAUGGCUCCAUCACCUGUCUGUGCUUCUGAAGUCAGCACUUCUGGUAGUGCAUGCUGUGGAUCGUGAUCAACGACCAGUGCUAGCACACUGCUCGGAUGGCUGGGACCGCACCCCCCAGAUUGUGGCAUUGGCUAAGCUCUUGCUGGACCCUUAUUACCGAACCAUAGAGGGUUUCCAGGUCCUCGUGGAGAUGGAGUGGCUGGAUUUUGGCCACAAGUUUGCUGACCGGUGUGGUCAUGGGGAGAACUCGGAUGAUCUGAACGAGCGUUGCCCAGUGUUUUUACAGUGGCUGGACUGUGUUCAUCAGCUUCAGAGGCAAUUUCCGUGCUCUUUUGAGUUCAAUGAAGCAUUCCUUGUGAAACUGGUGCAGCAUACCUAUUCCUGCCUGUUUGGAACAUUCCUGUGCAACAACGCCAAGGAGAGAGGGGAAAAACAUACUCAGGAACGGACGUGUUCUGUGUGGUCGCUGCUUCGGGCGGGCAACAAGGCUUUCAAAAACCUACUGUAUUCCUCUCAGUCAGAAGCCGUGCUGUACCCUGUGUGCCACGUGCGUAACCUGAUGCUGUGGAGUGCAGUGUACCUGCCCUGCCCAUCCCCGUCCACCCCUGUGGACGACAGCUGUGCACCAUACCCAGCCCCUGGCACCAGCCCUGAUGAUACACCUCUGAGUCGGCUACCAAAGACUAGAUCAUUUGACAAUCUGACCACCGCCUGCGAGAACACAGUGCCUCUAGCCAGCCGGCGCAGCAGUGACCCAAGCCUGAAUGAGAAGUGGCAGGAGCACCGUCGCUCGCUGGAACUGAGCACUCUGGCUGGUCCUGGAGAGGAGCUUCUGGAUCCUGACAGCCUGGGGAAGCCAGCCAAAGUGCUGGGUGGCGCCGAGCUGUCUGUUGCAGCUGGAGUAGCUGAGGGGCAGAUGGAGAAUAUCCUGCAAGAGGCCACCAAAGAGGAGAGUGGGGUAGAGGAGCCUGCCCACAGGGAGAUGCAGGAGGUCAAAGAGGAGGCUCUUUUAGAAGAGGGGAGCAGGGGGAAGACCCCUGAGUGCCCAGCCAUUGUGCUUCAUCAAGAGCCAGAACUGGGUGAUGCUGCUCUAAGGAGCCACCAUCCAGGCACCAGCCUUCUUGUGCUCUCACAGGGUAUUCUUGAGCAGCAGGGUGGGCACAGUAUUCUCCCCAGUUCUCUCCAGGAGCCCCCCCCGGGAGAGGAUGCCCAGGAGGUCCCUGUGGAACAGUCUCGAAUAGGAGCUAUCACACAGGACAGGGAGGAGGCAGUCCUUCCAAUCUCAGUAGAUGUGAAAGUUGGCUUUGGUACCUCACAGUCAAGUUCUCUGCCCUCCCAAGUUUCAUUUGAGACCAGAGGACCAAAUGCGGAUAGUUCCAUGGACAUGUUAGUGGAAGAUAAAGUGAAGUCAGAAAGUGGUCCCCAAGGCCAUGAUAGACCUUGCUUACCUGCCAGGGUAAGCAGUGGCAGGUUCAGUGGCAAGGAGGAGCUUCCUCAAGCCAUGGAGCCCAGGCCUUCAGAGAGGAGCCUGGCUGAGAGGCCCCAAGUGGGAUCUCUGGUGUAUAGGACUUCCCCCAGCAGCACCCAGAGCCCAGCGCAUUCUCCUUGUGCCUUGCCUUUAGCUGAAUGUAAAGAGGGGCUUGUGUGCAAUGGUGCUCCAGAGACUGAAAAUAAGGCCUCAGAGCAGCUCCCAGGGCAUAGUACCCUCCAGAAGUACCCUACCCCCAAUGGGCACUGCGCCAAUGGGGAGACUGGUAGGAGCAAGGACUCACUGAGCCGCCAGCUGUCUGCCACAAGCUGCAGCUCUGCCCACUUACACUCGAGGAACUUGCAUCACAAGUGGCUGCACAGCCACUCGGGGAGGGCGUCUGCAACUGGCAGCCCUGACCAGCCUUCCCGCAGCCACCUGGACGAUGACGGCAUGCCUCUGUACACGGACACUAUCCAACAGCGCCUGCGUCAGAUUGAGUCGGGCCACCAGCAGGAAGUGGAGACCUUGAAGAAACAAGUCCAGGAGCUGAGGAGUCGCCUGGAGAGCCAGUACCUGACCAGCUCCCUACGCUUCAAUGGGGACUUUGGGGAUGAAGUGACUUCAAUUCCUGACUCGGAAAGCAUUCUGGAUCAGAACUGUUUGUCUCGCUGCAGCACAGAGAUUUUCUCUGAAGCCAGCUGGGAGCAGGUGGAUAAACAGGACACGGAGAUGACCCGUUGGCUCCCUGACCACCUGGCCGCCCACUGCUAUGCAUGCGACAGCGCCUUCUGGCUUGCCAGCAGGAAGCACCACUGCAGGGACAUUGACUGUGUUGAUCAAACGUGGAAUUGUGGGAACGUAUUCUGCUCCAGUUGUUGUAACCAGAAGGUUCCAGUUCCCAGCCAACAGCUCUUUGAACCUAGUCGAGUGUGCAAGUCUUGUUAUAGCAGCCUGCAUCCCACAAGCUCCAGCAUUGACCUUGAACUGGAUAAGCCCAUUGCAGCCACUUCAAACUGAAGCUCAGUGACCUGGGGCGGGCAGAGGCCAAGCUGCUGUUCCUCUGACAGGCCCACAACAGCCUGGGCAGACUGAGAGGCCCUUUGGAAUGGGGACAUGGAACCAACUGUGCAGAGUGAUGGAAAUUUGGGAUGUACCACUGGAUUGUAGAUUGAUCUCUCCCUCCCCAACCCACCCCCGCAUUUGUUUUCCUCUCCAUUUUCUAUCCUCCCUCUGCCUCCAAAAAUGAGACAAGUACCCUAUUUGUCUUUUUUUUUUUGGAUGGAAGACCAGAGGUUGCCAGGCCCCCUGUAACUGUUGAGCUGCCUGCUGUCAGGCAAUGCUGAGGGGUGGCUUAGUUCCUCAGGAUGGGAGGAGGCUGGUUGAGUCAGGAGUGGAGGCCUGAGAUAGAGAGCAGCGAAUAAAGCCAAUGCUGACGUUUGUGACCAUUCCUCGUAUCACUGCCACAUCAGAGCUGAUUGGAUUGGAAAAACCUUUGCUGCUGAGGACGCCGAAAGCAUCUGCUCUAAGAGCAGUGCCCCAGGUGCCCUCUCCCUUCCGAGAGGGACUGGGCUAGUCCCAUCCCACAGGCAGAUAAAUGGGAUUGGGGUUUGGAGAGAGGGGCACAGGCACAUAGUAAGUGGGACCCCUUAGGCGCUCCCACCCCGUUUAGGUAAAGAAGGGGUACACUCGUGAAGCAGGGAGAGGGCUGGGAAUGGGUGGCUGGCUAUUCUCCCCCAUGGGAUUCUCUUUUUAACUUGACCCAGAUUGUCUAGGGCUCCCCUCACUGUCAACAGUCUGCCCCCCUCAGCCAGGCUGUGUGGCGCUUCCCACCCUCAGGCAUAGGGUGCAGACUGGCCAGAGUGCAGUAUCCUGCUGCCAUGGUCAAGGCCAAAGUAUGCCCUGAGCCUGGAAGCCCCUUCUGGGGCCUGGUCCCCCAGACAAUCUCUCUUCCUCGUCUAGCACACGGAAAUCCAGACUCAGGGUUCCAAAAAUUCCCCACUCCCAAACCAAUCAUGGAUCUCCCCCUUUAGGGGUAGAAUCAGCCUUUCAGAGUGCAGUGUCUGGAGAAGGGAGCAUGUCCCAUAGACUCAGCCUUCCUCCGCCUCCCCUUCUUGGAGCAGUGGGAAGGGCCCAGCGGUCCCACUGCCCUGCUUCUGUGCUGCUGGUCAGCAGUGAGGGGCCACUUGGUAACUCUGCAGGGCUCCUUAGAGAAGUGACAAAGCCCGUAGGAGAUGCAAGGCACCUUUCCUUAGUAAGCUUCGAUGGGGUCCAAAAAGAGCCUUAAAUCAAGAAUAUUUGUGGUGGAGGUGGGUAUGGAGAAGAGUGGAGAGGAGUUUAGGUUUGUGCUUUGUGAUCUUGGCAUCCAUGUUUUGUGCCUGCCCUCCCUCUCGGGGGAAGGGCCAUGCUUGGCUCUGCUAAAAGCUGCUAACUGGUAACAGGGCGGAUUGUGGUGGGCAGUGGGGGUGAGGCCUGGGAACUUUCCUUACCCUUUGGAAGCAAUUCCCUGGCUAAAGGCAAGUUGUCUCUCAGGAAGGUGGCUCCUGUGUGUGCCUGGGUGUAGAUAAGACGUGGCCCAGAAGCCUUCCCUGGAGCUGUCAGUCCAGGCAAAGCCAAGAGCGUCUGAGUGCGUCUGACUUCCCAGUGGCAGGAGGUUGCUCAGAAUCUGAAUUUAGUGAAACAGGGUGUAAGUUCUUCGCACUCUGUGUGGUCUGGCCUUGCAGGUAGGGAGAAGUCAGUCUAACUGAAGAUUGUGCAGGUCCUAGUGACAGGUGCCAAGAGGUUACGAUACGGGUUUCUUGGGUCUGAUGUACAGUGUGAAUAAAUGCUUGCAGCUCUUAGCCCUUUUUUGAUCAAUGAAGCACUUUUUUAUUAAUAUUUUUCUUUGUAUGUAAAGGAGGAACCAUAACUCUCCGUAGCUGUAUAUAUAACCCUUUUCUCCUAAAGAGGAGUUGGUCAGUGCUCCUAUAUUUUUCAUUUUUUGUCAAAGCAAGAAGUAAAUACUUUAGAACUGUUAAAUAUAUAAAUAAAGUGAAUAAAGUUUAGUGUUCCGCAUGGUA